CUUGACCUUCUGCCGUCUGCAUUGUCCGAAGCUUGUUUCGUUUCGGGUCGAGGAUGAUCUGUAUCGCUCGCAUCGAGUGAGCUCUUUCUCGUCUGGUUAUUCUAGGCAAAGCAACGUACAGUGUCCUGGUCUCUUGAGGUCUUGACCGAAGCUCAGUCGACUCUUCUCGGCUCUUGGUACUGCUAUAGAACUCGCAAUAUGUUAAUGUCAACGUCGCCGUCACCAUGGCUCGCCGCGGCCAUGCUUUGCAUCGGCCUGGCGAAUGCUCACACCGUUAUCGUCUAUCCUGGAUACAGAGGCAAUAACCUACACACAACUGGGACGGUUGAGGGAGCUGACGGUCUCGGUAUUGCGUGGAGCAGCGACAACGAGACUUUGAUCUAUCCAUAUGGAAUGCAAUGGUCCUAUCCUUGCGGCGGCAUGCCCACGUCAGAGAACCGAACGAAAUGGCCGGUGCAAGGGGGCGCCGUAUCCUUCCAACCAGGCUGGUUUCAGGGCCAUUCCCGAGCUCAGAUCUAUAUCAACAUUGGGCUGGGCACUGUGCCGCCGAACAUGAGCCACCCGAUGAUCACGCCCUUUGAGAUCGUCGGCCCAGACAACGACCCCUACCCCGGCACAAUCUGUCUUCCUCAAGUCAGGCUGCCGGCCGGAAUCGAGGUCCAGGUGGGGGAUAACGCGACGAUCCAGGUGAUUGAGCUAGCUCAGCAUGGAGCGGCCCUGUACAAUUGCGCGGACAUUACCUUCGCCGAACCCGAGGAUGUCGCUGAAGUCAACUCCACAAACUGCUUCAAUUCGUCACACAUCUCCUUCGAGACAAUCUUCACAACUUCCUCCCUAGAAAAUGCCGGACUCGAAGCUGUCACAGUGCCGUCUUUCCUCACUGCCGUCGUUCCCACGUUCCUAGGCAUCGCAUACGGCCUUCUGAUGGCGUAG